AUGAUGUAUAUUGUGGGAUUAAUAAUCUGCCUUCUUGUUAUUUUUAUAGCUUGGGUGUUGAAUCCUUGGGUGACAAAUAGGAUAUCAGCCAGGCAACAACCACCGGCUCAAGAAGAAGCAAUCACUGAAACAGACUCGACCGGAGAUUCACAUGUCUCUGUAACACUCCUGGAUCAAGAUGUUCUCGAAUGCCCUAUAUGCUGCGAGCCCCUCAAGAUUCCUAUAUAUCAGUGUACUAAUGGUCAUGUAGCUUGUUCUUCGUGCCGCGUAAAAGUUAAAAACCUAUGCCCGUCCUGUCAAUCCCCAAUUGGGAACGACAGUCGUUGCAGAGCCAUGGAGAGAGUCAUGGAAGCAAUUAGAGUGUCAUGUCCAAAUGCCAAACACGGGUGUGAAGUGCUUGUCUCAUACGGAAAUCCUUCUAUCCAUGAGAAGAAGUGUGUUUUCGCGCCGUGUUCUUGCCCCGUGCGUGAAUGUAACUAUAACGGUUUACACAAGGAUCUCAAGAACCAUGUCAAUGUUGAACACAAGGAAGGGGUGAGUCUUUUUACGUGGGACACUCCUUUGAUCAUUGAGACUAGACGCAAUGAGAACAUUGAGAAGAUUACCAUCUUAAGAGAAGAGAAAGAUGAGGAACUGAUUGUCGUUCGAUGUCUUAGAGGACCGGAUGGUAUGGCUGUACAUGUGAGCUACAUUGCACCUUUGGCAACUGAAAUGGGAAGAUUGUCUUGCGAUAUUGAAUUGAGAACCUCGAGAAGAACACUGAUGCAGAGAUUGAGGUUGAAGGCAUUUCAUAGUGAGCUACAUCCCGACGACGACGUUUUCGUGUUUUCGGAGGAAAAUGGUUUCAUGAGACUGAAGCAGAAAUUGAUUCCUUCUUGUAUGUUGCGUAGGAGAUUCAUCUUGAAGAUUUGCAUCAGCCGUGGUUUGGACCAUAUUGCAAGAACUACUUAA